GGCUCAGUGGUUUAUGAGAAGCCACGAAGAAGGAUCAUCCUUCCAAUUUUGAUCGAAAAUAAGCAUUUUUGUGCAUAAAUAUGAUAAAUUCAUUGUUAAUUUUUCAAUUCAUCGUUCGGUAUUUCGAAUAAUCUUUCGCAUUUGUGUUGUUCAGAAAUUGUUCGGUAUAACUUCGUGCAAAUUAUGGUUCUGUAAACCCAGUACGCUGUUGGUUUAAAUUGAUUGCUUCGAUAAAAGUCAGAAUGACAGAUAAUAAUUGUGAUUCUUCUAACGAUUCCACUUCCAAAAGUUCCAACUUCAUUUGCGGUGUUGUAGAAGGUUUCUACGGCCGACCAUGGACUUCGGAACAGCGUAAAGACUUAUUUCAAAAAUUGAAAAAAUGGGGCAUGGAUUCCUAUCUGUACGCUCCCAAAGAUGACUACAAACAUCGAGCAUAUUGGCGUGAAUUAUACACGGUGGAAGAAGCGGAACAUUUGACUGGGCUGAUUACAUCAGCGCGAGACAAUAAUGUUACUUUUUAUUACGCUUUGUCUCCCGGUUUGGAUAUUACGUAUUCGAAUCCGAAGGAGAUCGCCGCACUGAAACGUAAAUUAGAACAAGUAUCGCAGUUUGGUUGCUGUGCCUUUGCAUUAUUAUUCGAUGAUAUCGAACCAGAAAUGUCAGAAGCGGAUAAAGAAGUUUUUCAGUCUUUUGCUCAUGCUCAAGUUUCGGUUACGAACGAAAUAUUUCAACAUUUAAAUCAGCCUAAAUUCAUAGUAUGUCCUACGCAAUAUUGUUCAGCUAGAGCUACUCCUAAUGUUCGUAAUUCGGAGUAUUUGAAUACCUUGGGUUCCAAAUUAGCUCCUGAAGUGGAUAUCAUGUGGACAGGAACCAAAGUUAUCUCGAGAUUAAUAACGAGCGAAAGUAUCGAAGAACUCACCGAAGUACUGAAGAGACCACCAGUCAUAUGGGAUAAUAUUCACGCCAACGACUACGACCAAAAACGUAUAUUUUUAGGACCAUAUCAAGGACGCUCGCCUGAGAUAAUAAAAAAAUUACGCGGCGUUCUGACCAAUCCAAAUUGCGAAUAUGGAGCUAAUUUCAUCGCUAUUCAUACUUUAGCUCAGUGGAGCAGAUGUAGCUCUGACGGCACACCUGACUUACUUCUCAACGAAAGCGUAUCAGCCGAUAUCAAAUUGGAAACCGAAACCGAAGACGGCAUCUCGGAAGACAUUCCACCUACUCUGCCGGAGAACAUUUAUCAUCCUCGUAGAGCUUUGAAAAACGCCAUUACAGAUUGGUUUGCCGAAUUCAAACGUCACAAACAAGCUUGGGGACCGAUAUCGAAACCGCAGCCAGCAGUCACAAUGGCUAUACCGAUACCAGUACCUAUUAUUCCGUCCAUUAAUACUUGCAUGAGUUUAACUACUACUACGCAAGCUACCACUACCGUUUGCUCUCCUAUCGUCGUUCCUUCGCAAACGAUUACCGUAGGAAGUGCCGCCAACGGUGGCGAUCCGGCUAGUAAUCAAUUACAAGCGUUAGCCGAAGCUUGUAAUACUAUUACUGUCAACUCCAGCUUAUUGCAACCGACCACUACCACACCUGUGAUCUUGAAUUCGUUAGCUUCGGAAUGCAAAGUCAUCAGCGAACCAAUGGAAUGUAAUCUUACUCCGGUGGAUUCUCCUUCGCAUAUGAAAUCUAAUAAUUCUUUAGACGUUCCUAUGACCGAUACUUCCAAUAACGUAGAAGUUCAAAAUUCAAACUCGUCAUCCAUGCUAGUUGAAACUCCCAGUCCUGGUAAUACAAUGGUCGUGGAUUCCACUCAAAGUGAUACUGCCAACGAAAAGGAUUAUGACAGAGAACUACGAUACGAAGAUCUUUCACUGUUAUGCGAUUUGUUCUAUUUACCAUUCGAACACGGAGCCCAAGGCUUACAAGUUUUGCAAGAAUUCAAUUGGCUAAAAAGUAACGCCCAUCUAGUCUCUGAGUCGAAUUUACGAAAACAUACGAGGUCCACGUCUGGUGAAGAUUCGCCCGAGGUUCAAGAAUGGAAAGACCGAGCUAAAAAAUUAGAGGAAAUUAGCGCCGCUAUGAACAGAUUACACGAACGCUUGACUUUCUGUAAUAAUCGCGAGCUGUUGUAUGAUUUAUAUCCUUACGUAUGGGAUAUGAGAGGAGUUGUUUCGUUGUUGAAUUCUUACGUCAAGUGGUUAGCUAACGGUCAUUUUCCACAAAGCAUCGGAAGUUACACAUUGGGAAAUUAUACAUGGUUUUCUAAAGGAUGGAAAGAAAGCUUCAUGAGCGGAGAUCAAGAACCUUGGGUAUUCAGGGGAGGAUUAACUUCGGAUCUACAGAGGUUAAUACCUGUAGAUUCGGGCAGCGAUUUAUUCGUAUACAAAGCGCCGGAAGUGCCUUUGAAUAAGAUUUACACCAUCAGGCCUUAUCUAUUGGAAGACGAAGUCUCGGUGUACGACGUUUGUCGCAAAACCUGUCUAGAUGGAUCAGACGGAACCGAAAUAUUUUCCGAGUAUCCUAAUUUGGCUCCAGAAAGAUUGGUCGGCGCCUUUGUUACGUUCUGUCCUGAAUUCUGUUUCGUGGUUGAAGAUAACAACGGUGUGGUCGGAUACGCGUUAGCUGCGUUGAACGCCAAACAGUUCUAUCAGAAAGUGAAAACUGCUUGGAUUCCAGAAAUGUGUUCCAAGUAUCCGGAGAAUUUGGGCGAAAUGGAAAAUGAAGGCGUAGCCCUAACUCAACCCAAAGAGAUGAUUCGUUGGUUCCAUUCGUUUAAAACGGAUUCAUUACCGGAGAAUAUGUUAACGCAGCAUCCGUCUGUAAUGUGUGCUUCUUUACUGUCCGUUGUUUCGGAUCCAGCUGUCGCCAAACGUCUAAUAAUUUGCUUAUUAGCUGCGUUACGAGCUAAUGGUUCAUUUGGAGUAUACGUAACGGUGAGUACAGAAGACAGGAAUUUCAUCGAGUUCUACAACAAGUUGGGCUUCGUUGAGAUAUGUCACGGUCUCAGCUCCGAAUGUGUGUACUUGGGCAGGAUCUUUUAGCGUUUAUUAUGAAUAAUUACCUAUUCAAAUUGUAUUGAAAAUCCUUACGAUGUAUUCUCGUAAUUAUUUCUGUUUUCAUUUUUAUCAUUUCUUUUGUUAGUACCCAUUUUUAUUUAUUUAUUCGUAUUUCGUUCAUUUUUUCAGAAUGGUUUUUUUAAAAAACAUUUUUUUUUAUGUAUUUUCCAUUAAUUUUGCUUUAGAUUAUUUCUUCGCGGAAGUGUAAAGUUGAUUAAUUUACUGUUACUUACGGCGUAUUAAUAGUAUUUCUUUUUUUUCUAAAUUAAUGGUCAUUUUCGUCGGCGACUGAGUCGAUUUUAUAGAUUUUUAUUUGUCGUAUUUGAAUGAAUAUCGGUUGAGAUUAGUGUAUUUAAUUUCUGUAUGCAUGUGGCAGUGUAUCGGUGGAAGUGCUAUGGUAUGUUUAGUUUAGAUGAGCGACAUUUAUGUGAUGUUAUUUUAAUAUCCAAUAUUUUUGUUAACAGUUUGUGUAAUAUUGAUUAUUAAGAGAAUUAUUACGUUAGGUAAAGUAAUAAAUAAACGUAUCCAAAGUUUUUA